AUGCGGAAUCGUCCAGAGCUCGUGGUGUGCGCGGUGUGCGCGGUGUGCGUCGGCGUCGUCGUCGCGUCCGUCCUGAAGCCGACGAACGAGAGCUUUUACCAGUACUGCGUCGCGAACGCGCGAGACGUCGUCGCGAGCGGGACGUCGUCGUCUUGGGCGUGCUCAAACGGAGGGGCGUUACGCGCGACGGGACUUCGAGCGAAAGCGUAUGAGACGCGUGAUUUAUUUGCCUUCACCGUGGUGCGCGCCAACUCGGGGAAACAUUUCAUCGGCAUACUCGGCACGUGGAUUCGAGUUCCUCACAUUCUCAUUCUGCUGCCAGCGAUCGUCGUGUCCACUUCCGUGUUCUUUUACCGCAUGGAUAAGCGCGUCACCGCCGUACGUGCCAUUCCGGGUGCCCUCCUUUCCCAGAACCGCCCAUCGGGUGAACUCGUCGAGGAGGCCGUUCUGCGUUUCGUGGCCCUCACCCUCGUGGGUUUGGUGAGCGCAGCCGUGGGUCUGGACCUGCGUAAGAUGCAGAUGUAUGUCAUCUUCAAGGUGGCCGUCCUAGGGCUCAAGGUCGCGCGUCUCUUCACAGGGAUGGACCUGAAAAAGUCCGAAGCCUUCCUGUUCGGACUCUUCGUCGUCGUGGACUCCAACGCCAUCAUAGAGAUAAACGAUAGGGCACACGAGGAUCUACCAUGGGCGCUAGCCAUUAUUCUGGACGACACGGGACACGACACUGCCCGGUACUGGUUUGCCUUUAUUGAAUACUCUCUUUACUUCUUGAACCUGAUGCUGAACCUCCUGACUCUUUUGGUUUUAAUGGUUGGGCGAAAAUCAAAGUGA